GGAUGAGGAAGUGCAAGUUCAAAGUCUCGCCGGCAGCGCCAAAAGUCAAAAGUUUCCCAUGUUGAGAGAUUGCCACCUUAUUGGGGUUAAAACCUACCGCCUUCAAGUUGUACAGCCGGGGCGACCUUUGACACCCCCCAGCUUUAUUUGCAGUGCAUGCUGGGUAUUGAGCGCCAGAGGAGCGAAGUGAGGCGACACUUGAAGCAUCGAGGAGCGCCACCUUGUUGCCAUGACGACGGAGUCCAGCCCGCUCACCACGCACGUGCUCAACACCAGCCAUGGCGUCCCUGCAGCCCGUAUGUCUCUCAGUCUGCAUCGACUGGACUCGGAGCUGAAGAUCUGGACCAUGCUGAACGUCACGACGACCAAUGAGGACGGUCGCUGCCCCGGACUCAUCAGCCAGGCAGCCUUUGUCCCCGGCAUGUACAAGUUGCGCUUUGAGACGGGCUCCUACUGGGACAGUCUGGGUCAGGACUCCUUCUAUCCUUACGCUGAGGUGGUGUUCAACAUCAGUGAAAGCAAGCAGAAGAUUCACGUGCCCCUGCUGAUGACUCGCUUCUCCUACAGCACCUACAGAGGAAGCUGAGCAACAUCAACACACUUUCAUACUUUCAGCUGGUUUACUGACUUUCUAUGAGUGUAAAGUUACCUUUUUUUUUUAUCAUGAAAUACCUUAAAUAAAAACUAUUGGUUUACAUACCUUUUAUUUUGAAACACAAAAGAUAGAAUAGGAAACAAAACAUUAUUUUCAGUGUCGAGAGUAAUAACUAGAUAUUAAAACAGUUUUUUUUUUAUAAAUGUAUUAAAAUAUCCUGUUUCAGGAAAACCAGAUGAUCAAAGAUAAAUAUAUUUUUUUAUAUUUAAACGCAGGAUGCAACACCACAAAGUAGAGAUGUCCGAUAAAUGCUUUAAAAUGUAAUAUCGGAAAUUAUCGGUAUCGUUUUUUUUUUUUUAUUAUCGGUAUCGGUUUUUUGUUUAGUUUUUUUUAUUAAAUCAACAUAAAAAACACAUGAUACACUUACAAUUAGUGCACCAACCCAAACUCAUUCUCACAAAAGGGUUGUUUCUUUCUGUUAUUAAUAUUCUGGUUCCUACAUUAUAUAUCAAUAUAUAUAAAUACAGUCUGCAAGGGAUACAGUCCGUAAGCACACAUUAACAGUUAGUUUUAAAUAAAUGAUAAAUGGGUUGUACUUGUAUAGCGCUUUUCUACCUUCAAGGUACUCAAAGCGCUUUGACACUACUUCCACAUUUACCCAUUCACACACACAUUCACACACUGAUGGCGGUUUUACUCAUUUUCAUUAAUUACUAGUUUCUAUGUAACUGUUUUUGUAUUGUUUUACUUUCUUUUUUAUUCAAGAAAAUGUUUUUAAUUUAUUUAUCUUGUUUUAUUUUAUGAAUUUUUAAAAAAAGGACCUUAUCUUCACCAUACCUGGUUGUCCAAAUUAGGCAUGAUAAUGUGUUAAUUCCACGACUGGUAUUGGUUGAUAUCAGUAUUGGUAAUUAAGUGUUGGACAAUAUCAGAUAUCGGCAAAAAAGCCAUUAUCGGACAUCCCUACCACAAAGUUUUUUUCCCCUACAAAGCAGUACGCGAUCUUGUCUUUAAACAUCAACUUCCGGUUCCGGUGUUCGAAUAUGAGUAAAUUGUUUUCUUUUUGCUGACCGGUAAUUUAUAUUUUGUUGGAUGAAGUCUAAAAUGGAAGCCAGAAUUUUUUUUUAGUUCUCGUUAUUGAUUUUCGACACUAAAAAACACCACUUUAUUUUUCAUUUCAUUGUUUUGUAUUUCAAAAUAAAAUUCGAAUAAACCACUCGUUUUUUUUAUUUUUAAUACCGGUUUGUACAACGGAAAUCCAAUGACCAAAAUAUACACUGACCCUUAACAUUACCUCAUUGACUUUGUUACUUAUUUCUUAAUUAAUUCGUGUGUCGUAAAAAAAAAUGCACCGUCACGCUUUUGAAACGUGGGGGGCGGGCGGUUCUUUUUCUCCACCAAUCAGAGUAAACGUUCCUCUCUCUUGCCUUUUUGGCGCCUGACUUGUUUUGAAA